AUGCUAAUGGCAACAACAGCAACGGCAGCACCGAAAUCAAUGCAACAACAAUGUCAGCAACUUUAUAGCCGCUCGGCCACACCAUCACCGCAACAUUUGCAACAGCAGCCGCAACAACAACAACAUGCCAUGCAAACAUUCCACAUCGUAUCGGCCGGUUCGUCGCCCACACAACAAGGUCAACAACAGCAACAACAACUACAAGCACUGCCAACAAUGCGUCAGUACGCSACACUGCAAACGCACCASCAUAARCCGCAACAACAACAACAACAACCACARCAGUAUGUUGCUGUGCCCAGCGGUGCGCURGUGCGUUUUCAARCAACAACAACAGCAACGCCGGCCGCAACAGGCAUCACCGCAGCGCUGAGUGGCAGUGGCAAUAAUUGCACAACCGACGGCAAUGGCAACGUCGGCAUCGGUGUGGGCGCCACACUCAUCGCCACCGGCAUGUCGGGCAAUUGUUAUCAAUCGGCGAAUGUGUCAGUGCCAGGCGGGGGCACAGCGACGGCCACAAUUUACUUUCCAAUUGCCACAGCAGCGCAUCCACAGCAAUACCAACAGCAACAACAACAACAACACCAGCCAACAUCGAGCUUCACGUCCGUUGCCUCUGCGGCAGCAACAACAGCAAACAAUGACGCUACAAUAGCGACAACCAUGAGUGGCACCAGCUUGGGAUCGGGCAGCAGCAACGCAGCCGCAGCGCAAUUGCUUUGCAAUCAGCCGAUUGUGAAAUAUCACACAAUACAACUAACGCAUGCUACGCGAAAACCGCAACAACAACAACAACAAACGCUACAGCAACCGUCGUUGAUGAGCAACGCGGCUGAUGUGAUGCCACUGCCGCCACCGCCGGCAUACCAAACGGCAACGGUGCACGGUAUACGUCGAGCGAAAUUCCUGACUAAACCGCUGCCACYGGAGAUCAGCACAUUAGUAGCCGGCGAGCGCGAUUUAACCUGCCGACAUGAUUUAUUAUUACAACAAAGCGGUGGCAGUACUGCCAGCAACAAUGUAAGCAAUGCACCUACAACACCAACACAAUCGACAAUAUAUGCCGGUACAACAUCAAAAGCAACAUCGAAUGCAUCAAACGCAACAACGAUUGCAAUGUUGACAGCCGGAUUGACAGCAACAGCGGCGGCAUGUAGCGGUAAUGCACCAACAACAAAAACUGYUGCUGCARCAACAGCCAACAACACACAAAUGGGCGCAUUAAUGUCCGGCACAUCGUCCAUGGUUGGUUCGAAUGCCACAGUCGACAUAAUGGAGGAUGAAGAAGAGCAYGAACAGCAACGUUUGGGCAACUGCCCACACGGCACACCAUCACGCGUACCACUCAUCUCUGGCAGCAGUGGYGCCAUUAACRCACACAGCACCGCCGGCAGUGCAGACGAAGRGCAGCGCGGUGCGCGCAGUCUCUUCAAUGCCACUGCAGCCUCCUUCCAUCGGCACACACUAAACACCUUCCAACGCAAUGCGGCGGCACGUAAAUCAACCACAUAUGCCGCAACACGACGCGCCGGCUGCAACAUGCACGCAACAAGCCACCGAAGUGGGAAAUCGAGCAGCUGUUAUGGCGACACAGCCACCGAAACCUCCGACGACGAGGAGGCGGACGCGGAAGCGGCGUACAUGCAACGUGACGCCACAGCUGGCGAACAGUUCCGCUUAACAAAACUCAACAAAGGUAACAAACAAACAAAGCCAGAUGAACAGACUGCCUACUGUGAUACUGAUGCGACUGCCGACGAGGCUGAGGACGAUGAGACCGCCUCGAAUGUCGACGCCGAGACGGAGGAGACCGGYGCACAGGUGCCCAUCAGCAUUGUGCUGCUCAUACUCAUCUGCUACAUAUGCUUGGGCACGGURAUUUUCGCCUUCUGGGAGAAUUGGUCCAUUGUGGAUGGCGCCUACUUUUGCUUUGUCACCUUGACCACCAUCGGCUAUGGCGACUUCAUGCCCGAACGCACCUUCCACGGACCGCAUGUGCAGCUCUUCGCUUGUUGCGCCUAUCUCUUGCUGGGUCUGGUCUUGGUCGCGAUGUCUUUCAGYAUACUGGAGACGCAGCUAAUGUGGAAGUGCAAACGGAUUGCGGUGCGACUGAAGUUGGCCAAUGAUUGAUARUGGCGACGUUUGUUGGCGCGUCGCAGCAGCGCCGGUGCGGUGGCGCAGUUUUURUAGUAUGUAAGCGGAAGCAGAAGUAGUAGAAAAUUUAGUUAGUAAGUUGAAGUGUUAGCAGUAGGAAGUAAAUAAGCAGGGAAAGCGUUAAAUAAUAAUCUAGUCAUACAUACAAAGAUCU